GGUUAAUGUGUAAUUAGCUUUGCUACUUACUCCGAAAGGAAGUAUCGAGUUCGAUAAACCGGAAUUCACUCGAACCUUCGUUGAAUGUGCGCAUGUGCAACGUCAUCAAGUGUGUUAUGUGCCUUAUUUUAUACAAUCUUGGAGUUGCCAAUCACCGUGAUUAAUAUAAUUAUAAUUCCGCGAUAGCAGGUUGGGAGUGUCGAUAGGUUGCUGGCUGGUCAGCACAGCUUUGGUCAGUAGAGCAGCUUUGGUUGCGUGAGACGGUCGACACACAUCCGAAUACAUCCGAAUCCGCCCAUCACGCGAUGCUGCUCACGUUCUUGACGUUCAUAGGGAUCUGCAGUUUUGCCAGUUGGGUGUAUGAAAACUUCCGCACACCAGUGCUGUUAAUCUAUCGAGGGUUAACCCAAGGGAGCGGCAAUAACUUUCCUGAAAAGUAUGGGCCAUGGGCUGUCAUUACAGGAGGCUCUGAUGGAAUCGGCAAAGGGUAUGCGCACUACUUAGCCCGGCAGGGCAUGAAAGUUUUGCUCAUAGCACGCAACGAGGCCAAACUGAAGAAAGUGUCGCAAGAGAUCACCGAAAAGUAUGGCGUAGAAACAAAGAUUCUAGUUGCCGAUUUUUCGAAGGGCGAGCAAAUUUAUCACGGACUAGAAACGGAGCUCACUACACUUGACAUCGGCAUUCUGGUCAACAACGUUGGAGUGAUAAACGAAAAGCCGAUUCGCUUAGAAGCAAUGGACAAAAAAUUGCUUUGGAGUCUCAUCAACGUAAAUGUGGCUGCUGCAACGUUGCUAUGCAGCAUACUAAUACCCGCCAUGAAACGCAAAAGGCGAGGGCUUAUCGUAAAUAUUUCGUCACUAUCGGCCUUAGCCCCUACUCCUUAUCUCGCGGUUUACGCGGCAACGAAGGCUUACAUGACCAGCUUUUCGCUAGCAUUGCGCCAAGAGUUACUUUCGUACGGGGUCGAAUGUCAAACGGUUUCUCCGGGUUACGUGGAAACUAAUAUGACGGAGUACCUCACGCAGCCGAAUGCGCCGAAGAAGCAUUUUACCCAGCAAUUGGUGAAAGUGAAAGAUUUUUUGCAUUACGCAGGGUACACGAUUGGGAAAGUUGACAUUACAUGUGGUCACUUUACACACGGAAUACAGACUGCUCUUUUAAAAAUACUUCCAGAUUGGUUGAAACUGCGUGUGUACACAAAAAUGUACACUCAUUUACUGCACAAGUUUUCCCAUUAACGCAACAAUAGUAGCAAAGUGUGUGGUAUUAUAACGGCAAAACACAUUAAAAAUAAACACUUCGUAGCCUUGAAUGCAUGCAACAGUUCCUUCUUAAGUACGGAACAAACCUAUGGGCCUAUAGUUAGUUAAUUAAUAUCCAGAAUUGUAGAAUUGUCUUCAAUCAGCUUUUGGAGCUUAUUUCUUAAUU